AAAUCAUCUCUAUGUUCUAGAUAAAAGAAUUGGAAGUUGCCUCUUUGCGGAAAAGAAUUUCCGAAUUGGAAUCUCAACUAGAAGAAGCUAAAAAACUGAUUCAGAAGCAUCUCCUAGAGGCGAACGAAGUCGAUUUAUUGAAAAUGAAGUCUUCGGACACGCUAACUAAAGCAAAGAGCGUAAUUUUUGAAAACACAAAAAUGAUAAAGAACCAAGAACUUCAGAUUGAAGCAUUGAAUCAGCAGGUUGAGUCCUUGAGGGAUGUUGUGAAAAUAACGAAAGAAUUGCUUGAGAUCCGAAAUUUGGAAGUGGAUCAAUUGGAAUCCAAGAUUCACUGUAUGGAAGAAAGACAUAAAGCCGAAAAAGAAAGGCAAGAUUUGAUGCAUAAAAGAUUGGAACAGAUGAUCAGACACAAUGGGGAUUUGAAAAGAGAGUAUGAAACUCAACUCUGCUUGUUUAAAGCUUUAAGAGAUAGAUACGAUGAGAGAGAAUUGGCUAAAGGAGUUGUAGAUUCCCUGAAAUCAGAUAUAAAGGUUGAAAAAGAUAAAAAUAUUCAACAGAAGCAACCCUCCACGCCAGCAAACCAGGAAGCAAAUAAUAUUGAAACUGAAAAAAAGGAGGGACCAAAAGAAAAUCAGCAAGAUUCCACCAAUAAAAAUGAAACACUUUCUGACAAUCAAGUUCAGGACAAAGAACAAGUUAUAGAUGAUAAAAUUGUUGUCGACAAGGCAAGUGAAAGCAAAGAUGAUGCUGUAGACGAAAAAUCUGCAAAUUCACUAGACAAUCAUUCUGGAGAUUCCCACGAGAAGCAAGACAUUCAGAUUAAAAUGGAAAUGAAAGAUAACCAUCCAGAACCGAAUACUUUGAAGCAAUAGUUUUCAUUUAAUUUUUUUUUGUUUUUAUGAAGUUAAUUGAGAUAAUAUGUGAGCUCAAGAAUAUUAUAAUAAUAAAAUCUUUAAACAUUCAA